UAAAAUGGCGGACGAUCGGGAAGGUCCCCUACCUUAGCUUCUUGAACGUAUUUCACGACGAGAUAUCGAAGGCAUCGAAAUGUCACAAGUAGCACGUUAUUCACACAGUGAAUAUGUUACCAAAGCUUCAAAUUUGCAUCAGGAAAAAUAGUGAUAAUAGCUUAUGGAUUUCAAGAAUCUUUGAAAAAGCUCGUUGACCUAUCGCAAACUGCGAUAAUCGCAAUUUGUGAUAGGUCAAAUAAUUUACUUGGAGGGACUUUCCCUUGCGUCACAUUAUGUUUAGAUAUGGAACGCUAUUCUACAUCAUGUGACAACCUUCCCAAUGGAAAAACGUGAAAGUCGUUUUACUACAAUUCACGUCGGAUCAGAUCCCCCCCAUAAACAGGAAACUACAGUAUUGUCGAUAUUAAUUAUCGAUUUACGAUUCUUGCUGGUGAAGCUUUCCUGACUAAUAGCUGCUAAACUUUACGAUGCAAAGGCAAGAAACUCUCAAAGGACCUUGGCCUCUUCAUUCUUGCUGUUUAGAAAUGGCAAUGUACAAGCUCGUAAUUUUAGAAGCUUGUCGUCAUCAUUUUGAACAUCUUGGUGGUUGCUCUCCUGAAGAUUCACUGUGUCUUCUUCCAUCUGAAGGAGCACAUCUUUUCCCUGGUCCAUUUGUUCAAAUCCAACUUGCAGUUGCAUUGAGAACUGAUAAUCAGGAACUGGCUCAGUGCCGACUCAAGGCUGAUGGAACUGGACAAUUCAAAGUGAACGGGGGACAAGGUGUGAUUGAAGCAGAAGUGAAACCAACCACUUGCAAUGCUUUGAAAGAAACAGUGGCCAUAGACUGUUGUGGGAAUGAGCUGCCAUCCUGUGCUGGAAAGUUUGUGUUUCUUCUUCCAGCUAGCAUUCCCACUGCUUACCACAUCAGUAUAAAGUUCAAAUCAGUAGCUGGUGAAUUGCUUCAUGAAAUUCAGCUAUUCAUUUUGACCCAUCAUCAAAAUACAAACUUGUUUGACUACAUGGAUGGCCACUCCCUGUCAUCAGUGGAAUUGCCUGUUCCGAAAAAGCAGCUUGGUGGCAUUCUGGGAAUCCCUGAAGGUCAGAAGAUUCUCUCACAUUUUCAAGAAUUGGUGGAAAAUGUUGCAAUUGAAUGCUUCAGACGAGAUCAGCGCUGUCUCAUUGAACACAUACAAGCAUCCAAUCAAGUGGAAGCAAAAUUUCAGGAUUUGCUCCUUGCUGUGCAGUUAGAGGAAUGUCUCAUGCUCUAUCAGAUAGGGGAUCUUGAGAGAUGUAAACGUAUAGGUGAAGAUGUGUGCAUUCAGGCAAACAGGAAUCAUUCAACAAACUAUAACGCCCUUGCCGGAAGAGCAAAGAGUGUUGUCUCUGGAGCCUACAAGAUGGAAAAAGACUUUGUGAAGGCUGAAGAACUAUUGUAUUCUUCUAUUGAGCUCUUACGGGAAGUUGUUUCCAGUGUAGACAAUUCAAUCAACUGCACCGGGUUUUUUGCUCUUUUGUCCGAGAAGGCAGCUGCUGUAGGAAUCAACAAACCAGAAAAAAAGAAGUUGAAGAAAGCCUUGAAGGUUGUACUGCGCAACAGACAUCAAUUUGAGAGGAAUCAAAGCAGGAUUGCUAGGAGUCCUAGAAGAGUUCUUAUCAGGGCAGUACUCUUCUACCUUCGUUCAACAAAAGAUAAGGCCACCGACCUGCAAACACAUGUGUCCCAUAAGCAUUUAACACGAGCCGAGGAGUUUGGUGAACAGUUCAAGAGGGAGUUUCUUCCCAAUUGUCCUAUGAGAGACAGGGCAGGGUUUUUUAAUGCUUAUGGUGAUCUGCUAACAAGGAAAGGGAAAUAUGAAGAAGCCACCCGUUUAGUGUCUAUGGCGUUGAAAAUGGCAGAAGAUCUUCAAUUGAAGAUAGAUAUAAAGGGAGCACGUGCCCGACUUCAACAACUCAAUCGGCUGCUUAUGGAGCGAGCGGAGACUGAGAGGAGGCAUCGUGACUCGGCUGAGAGGAGAACGGAGGAGUAUCACGGCUUCCAAGAGCCAGGGUGUGAAGUCCUUCAAGCACUUCUUAUGCAACUGGAGAGGGCUAUGAAUUGAGACCCUAACAGAAACGGGAAGCUGUGACACUCCGAGGAAGGAGAAUCACCAUCCUCUUAUUCAAGUAAACUACCAUGAACUGUUAUCCACUGUCUGAAGCGGGCUCGUGUCAGUUUUUACAGUUGGGUGUCCUUUUGUUGCAGCAACUUAAUUUUAUAACUUAUAUUAAGUUGAAUUCAACGUAUAACCGUACUGACUAAAAAAUAGAGGAGGAGUUUGCCAGUUGUAUUUUUCUCUGUAGCUCUAGAGGAUAGGCAUAUAGAGCUGUAAGUUGUCAAUGAAAACUGUUUUUUUUUUCUUUGUGAUAAAAAAGAUAGCUUGAGGGAGAGAAAAGUAAUUUGCUCCUACCUGAACAGCUCGGGACGGAUUUCGGCUUGUGAGCUGCCUCAUGGUUGAAAUUCUGUUAUUCUCGGAUAAAGAAGUUCAAGAUAAACAGUAACCAGUAUAUUCAAGGUGAUAGUCAUUAGGAACGUUGCUAAGGACUGGUCUUGUUUCGCCUUUUCGUGGCUUACAUACAGGUUGACCUCAUCGCACCCUCCCCUUUUCUGAGAAAAAUGUUACCGGUAAGUUACAAUAGUAACAGGUAGUAUACAUAUGCAUUUAAUGAGAGGCAGUAACAUAUUUUUACCUUACUGUUAGACUUGACUGUUAUUUAAGUUGGUUGCCUCUUUUUCCUGACAAUGUCAGUAGAGAAUCAGUUUUAAAAGUGUUUCAGAGAGAAUUAAGAAGAGGCGAAUACUUCUGUUAUAAGUGUAUGUAUGAAAAGGUACACAAAUAUCUGUAGGACAUAAGCUUGUUGUUAGGUGUAAGGUAAUAAGAUAUUCAUUGUAUUUUAAAAUGUGUCCUGUUUCUUACAAUAAAAUACGAGAUAUGGUGGAUGUUUACCAUGUUCACCAUGUUUAACGAAAAGCACAA